AUGGAAUCUCUGAAAAAAUACUUUGAACAACAAUGGAAAGUAAAAUAUGGUUCUUCAAACCAAUGGUUUAUCCUAUUUUUAAAAGAAUAUGAAGAUACAGUCAAUUAUGAUUCUGUUCUGAAACGUACAGCUGAAUAUGGCAAUAAAUACUUGAAAGAUUGCCCAAUCUUAUCAAUUGUUUUGCAACUUCUAUGUGAAAGUAUUGAUGAUAAAUCUUUCGAUGAGACAAGUGUAUUCAAUAAUCUAUGGUGUACAAUAACCAAUAAUGGUUUAAAAUCUAUACAAAAUUUCUCUGAUGAUAAAAAGCGAUCGGCGUUAUUUCAAGCGUUACGUGAAUAUUAUCGUCCAAAAUUAUUUGCAUUAUUCGAAAAAAGUCAAGUCAAAGACAAAGACAACUUGUAUGAAUUAGUAUUGAAUAAUGUUGCUGAAUAUGGUUGGUUACAAGGUUUACAAGCAGUUCAAAAGAAGAUAAUACCGAAAUUGUUUAAAACAUUACUAGAGAAUAUUCCUGUAUCUAACGAUAUAACUGAAAAGCCAGUUCAACCCAAAGUAGAAACUCCAAUAUCAGUAAAUGAUCAAUCAUGUGUGUUUGGUCAAGAUACUCAGAUUUCAUGGAAGUUCAGUGGCAUUGGAACGCAACGAGUGACAUGGUUCUUCAAUGGUCAACCACUUCCAACCAAUGAUCGCUUGCAAGUAACGGAGACUGAUAAUGGAACAUCGAUACUUACUAUUCAUCAAGCUGAACUUGGCGAUCAAGGUGUCUAUACUGCUAAAGCAACCAAUGCUUUUGGCGAAGCUGAAGCUCAAACAACAUUAAAGAUUGAUUGCAUCAAACCUGUCAUCAACACUAAUCUCAAUACUGCACUGAAAGUCACAAAAGGUGAAAUCUUGACACUAAAAGUCGUCGCCAGUGGAACUCCGAAACCUCACAUUGUCUGGAUGAAAGACGACAAUGAACUUACACCCAAUGAUCGCAUUCAAGUGACGACACCGACUGGUAACAAGGACAAAUACAUGCUGACCAUCUUAAAUGUACAAUUAGAAGAUGAAGGAGAAUAUUCAGCCGAAAUUUCCAAUUUUGGUGGAUCGCUCUGUACUGAUAAAUGCAAAGUCAUUGUUUGGAAUGAUCUUGAUACAGGUCUUCAUUUAUUAAAUAAUGAUGAAAUACGUGAUUUUUGUAAAAUAAAACAAUGCUUCGUUCAACAAUAA